AAUUCUUAGAAAGGAUUUUAGAAGAACCAAAACAUCACUGCAGGGUUAAGACAGAAGUGUCUCUUUGUAUCGGAAGAGAAAUAGCACACACAAAGAUGGAUCUUUUGUAUACCCUAUUGAGUUUCAUAGCUUUUUCUCUUCUGGGUAUCUUCCUAGUCUUCUGUUUCAUCAUGUUGACCACGAUUCUGGGAAAAUCCAUUGGAGACCCUGAUUAUGCUCCAGUGAAAGGAACAGUGUUUAACCAGCUUUUCUACUUCAACACACUCCAUGACUACCAUGCUGAAAUGGCCAAGACGAUUCCAACUUUUCGUCUACUGGCUCCUGAUCAAAGCGAGGUGUACACUGCAGACCCGAGAAAUGUUGAACACAUACUGAAAACCAACUUUGAUAAGUACUCCAAAGGCAAGUAUAACCAGGAUAUUGUGACUGAUCUUUUUGGUGAGGGGAUUUUUGCAGUUGAUGGUGACAAGUGGAGGCAGCAAAGGAAGCUUGCAAGCUAUGAAUUCUCCACAAGGGUUCUUAGAGAUUUCAGUUGUUCUGUUUUUAGAAGAAAUGCUGCCAAGUUGGUCAGAAUUAUCUCAGAACUUUCCCAUCAGGGUCAAGUUUUUGAUAUGCAAGACAUGCUAAUGAGAUGCACUUUGGACUCAAUAUUCAAAGUUGGGUUUGGAGCAGAAUUGAAUUGCUUGGAGGGAUCAAGAAAAGAGGGAAGCAAAUUCAUGAAAGCCUUUGAUGAAUCAAAUGCUUUGAUAUAUUGGCGCUAUGUUGAUCCUUUCUGGAAGCUCAAGAGGUUUCUUAACAUUGGUUGUGAAGCUACACUUAAGAGAAACAUCAGAAUAAUAGAUGGUUUUGUGCAUGAAGUAAUCAAUACCAGAAAAGCACAAUUGGCAAUUCAGCAAGAAUCUAAUGCUAAAGAGGACAUACUAUCAAGGUUUUUGAUUGAGAGCAAGAAGGACAAAGAAACCAUGACUGAUCAGUAUUUGAGAGACAUCAUUCUAAACUUUAUGGUAGCUGGUAAAGACACAAGUGCAAACACUCUUUCAUGGUUCUUCUACAUGCUCUGCAAGAACCCUCUUAUUGAGGAAAAGAUUGUACAAGAAGUGAGAGAUGUGAUUUGUAGCCAUGAAAAUGAGGAAAGCAUAGAUAAAUUUGUGGCCAAAAUAACAGAUGACACCCUUGAUAAAAUGCAUUAUCUUCAUUCAGCGUUGACAGAAACCUUGAGACUUUAUCCUGCAGUUCCUGUGGAUGGGAGAGUGGCAGAGACAGAUGAUGUUCUUCCUGAUGGACACAAACUGAAAAGGGGUGAUGGAGUUUACUAUAUGGCCUAUGGUAUGGGUCGGAUGUGCUCCAUUUGGGGUGAAGAUGCAGAGGAAUUUCGUCCUGAAAGAUGGCUCAACAAUGGAGUUUUCGAGUCUCAAUCUCCAUUCAAAUUCAUAGCUUUCAAUGCUGGACCAAGAAUCUGCUUAGGGAAGGACUUUGCUUACAGACAGAUGAAAAUAAUAGCAAUGGCUCUUGUUCAUUUCUUCAAGUUCAAACUUGCAAAUGGAACACAAAAUGUGACUUACAAGGUUAUGCUUACGCUUCACAUUGACAAGGGUCUUCCUCUUUGUGCAAUUCCAAGGUCAUGAAGAAGACAUCAUUUUCUGUGUUUAUAGCGUAUGAAUGUUAUAUAUUUUCUAAACCCUUUUUCCCUUUUUGAUGGUAUUGGCUUGUCAUAUAUCAU